UGACCUGUUCGUUUUUGCUCUUUAGUGAAAAUGAUUUGCUCAAACACCAACUAAAGAAAUACGUGGGUGCUGUUCAAUCGUUGAAAAGAAAUGACAUUAUGGAAGAAGCUCCAGAAAAUGAAAGACUUUCUUCUAUCAUUCUUUCUCCGGAAUCUGACGUCGACGAAGUGAGAAAGGAAGAAAACAAAGAUUUUGAGCGAAAGUUGAUCCAAGUCGCUGAUAUGCAUGGCGAACUUAUUGAACUCAAUGAAAGACUACAAAAAAUGUUGAAUGCUCGUGAAUAUCAGCUAAGAAUAUUAAAAGAAGAGCUUGUCAAUCUUAGAGGACCGGAAAGUCUCCAAACAUUCACCAUUCUUAUCAGGUUUAUAUCCGUAUCAAAGACGAUGAAUGGAAUGUUUACAAAAGAUACUCGGAUUUUUAUGCCCUACAUAAGAAGACAAGCAAGCAGUUUAAACCUGUUGCACAAUUCACGUUUCCCGAAGAAAAUUAUUGGAAAUCGUGACGUCAAUUUUGUGGAAACACGUCGAAAACAAUUGGAAAAUUACUUGAGAAAAUUGAUCAAUUAUAGUCUGGGUGCUGUUCCAGAGUUAGGUGAAAAUCCUUGCAAGAGUUCUUUGUUCAAAUACUUCCCAUUUUUCAUGCAAACUUCAACGGUAUCAUCUGUUUCAACGACGACAACGACAAAACAAACUGUUCCUUCUACACACAACGGUUAAAAG